AUGGAAGACAUGCCACCACCACCAUGUAGAACCGUGCGCAUUGGGGUCGAUGUUGGAGGAACGAACACUGAUGCAGUUAUCAUCGACUUGAGCCUUCAACACACCGCCAACCGCGGAGUGCUGGCGCACUUCAAAACCCCGACCACCCCGGACGCGAGCGUUGGUAUCGAGACGGCCGUCAGCACCGUCCUCGCGGCGGCCGGAUUGACCGAGUCCCCGGAGCGCAUCGCCAGCGUCACCAUCGGCACGACGCACUUCAUCAACGCCGUGAUCGAGCGUGACGUGCGCCGGCUGCAGCGCGUCGGCGUCCUCCGCCUGAGCAAGUCGUUCCUCCGCGAGGUCCCAGCGUUCGCCGAGUUCCCCCCGGACCUGGCGGCCGUGAUCCAGUCCUACGUCGGCAUCGUCGACGGCGGCCUGCACAUCGACGGCUCGCAGGAGGCGCCGGUCGUCGAGGCCCAGGUCGUGGCCGAGUGCGUCAAGAUCCGGGAGAGCGGCGUCGGCGCCGUCGUCGUGUCCGGCGUGUACUCGCCCAUCGACGAGGCCUUUGGGCAGGAGGAGAAGGUCCGCGACAUCAUCCUCCGCGAGGUGCCCGGCGUCGACGUCGUCUGCAGCAAGGAGGCCAGCGCGAGCAUCGGAUUCAUCGAGCGAGAGAACGCGGCCAUCUUGAACGGCGCCAUCCUGCGCUACGCGCGGAGAACCGUGAGCAGAUUCAGGCUCGCCAUGAAGAGGCUCAACCUCGCCUGUCCCCUUUUCCUCACGCAGAACGACGGCACCAUUCUCGACGCGGCUUCAGCGGCCAGGAUUCCUAUCCGGACGUUCUCGAGCGGCCCGACCAACUCGAUGAGAGGCGCCGCCUACCUCGCCGGCCUGGACUCCGGCGCCGACAGCUCCGCCAUUGUGGUGGACAUUGGCGGCACAACGUCCGAUGUUGGCGUCUUGCUCCCCUCGGGCAUUCCACGCCAGGCCUCGGCCUAUGUCACCGUUGCCGGGGUCCGGGUCAACUACUCCAUGCCUCAUCUCCAUUCCAUCGGACUUGGCGGGGGCUCCAUCGUGAGGGCUGUCGACGGCAAGGUCAAGGUUGGGCCCGAGUCUGUUGGCCUUGAGCUGGUCACUCGCGGUCUCGUUUUUGGGGGCGAUGUUUGUACGACAACGGACGUCGCAGUCGCAGCUAGCAUGGCAGUCGUCGGUGCCACGGAGAAAGCCAAGAGCCUGGAUCCGCACUUCGUCCAAGAGGCGGUGUCGCGGAUUCAGAUACUCUUGGAGGGCGCCGUUGAUGUGAUCAAGACGUCGCCUGACCCCGUCCCCGUCUUACUCGUCGGAGGUGGCGCCAUCCUUUCCCCUGACAAUCUCAGGGGGGCCUCUGAGCUCAUCCGGCCACCCUUUCACGACGUGGCGAAUGCGGUCGGCGCAGCCAUCGCACGCGUGUGCGGUGCGGUCGACAUCGUCCAAGGUACCACCCACCAGACGGAGAGCCAGGCCAUCGAGAACGCCAAGAAGAUGGCAGUCGAGCGCGCCGUCGCCGCCGGCGCCGUCCCCGAAAGCAUCAAGAUUGCCGAGAUCGAGACCAUGCCGCUGCAGUACGUUGCCAACCAGAUCAGGACCCUUGUCAAGGCGGUCGGCGACAUUGACCUCCGCGCCAAGCUCGACGAGGUCGUUGGAGGAAGCGAGGACGGAGAGGACGAGGAGCUGGUCGAGGCGACCAAAGAUCUUACUCGUGCCACCCACGAGGAGAAGAAGGUCGACCCGGCGACGUACAAGCCCACGGUCGUCCGAAACGCACACGCGGUUGCAGAGUGGCACAUAACCGAGACAGACUUGGAGUACCUGGCCGACGGCUGCUAUGUUCUUGGGUGCGCCGGGGGCGGAAGCCCGGCAGCCUCCAAGAUCCAGCUGCGGAACAUGCUCCGAGCAGGCCACACUAUGCGUGUGGUUGACGCAUCCUCACUCAAGGAGUCGGAUGUGAUUUACUGGGGCGGCCACAUGGGCUCCCCAGCAGUGUCUAUAGAGCGCUUGCAAUCUAUCGAGACGGUGGACGCCUUCAAGGCUCUGAUGGAGUACUUCGGCCAUGACUCCUUCGACGCAGUGAUGGGUCUUGAGAUCGGCGGCGCCAACGGCUUGGAGCCCUUCCUCGUCGGGUCGUCACGGUUCUUUGACAGUCCCAUCAUCGACGGCGACUGGAUGGGGAGGGCCUACCCGACAUACUGGCAGACCACACUGGCAGUACAUGCCCCGUUGGAGUUGGUUCCCUGCGCCAUCGACUCGGGCGACGGUAAGACCAUUGUCAUGACGAGGGCGCCGAACGACGAGAUCGUCGAUCGCGCUCUGCGUGCGUCGUGCUCUGAGAUGGGGUCGCGGGUGGGCAUGGCGGCCAAGCCGACGACCAGUGACAGAGUCAAAAGGUUUGGUGUCCUCAACACGGUUUCGCUCGCGUGGCGCAUUGGGCGAUGCAUUGCAGUCUGUCAGGCCACCAACACCAUGAGCACCGUGGCCGAGUCCAUCAUCGAGGAGGCGGGCGGGGCCGACGCAGCCAAGGUGCUGUUCCGAGGCAAAAUCAUGAAGGUGGAGAGGCGGCUGUUCAAGGGCCACUCGUAUGGCGAGGUACACAUUGCCGCCUUCGAAAGCGGCGACGAAGACGAGUCGGCCGGCAUCAAGGGCAGGGCCACCGCGGUGGCGGUGGGCGGGAUGCUGAAGAUCCCCUUCAAGAAUGAGAACAUCCUUGCCGAGCACACCGACGAGAGCGGUCAGACCAAGAUCUUGGCGGCAGUGCCUGACCUGAUCUCGAUCCUGGACAACGAGUCGGGCCGGGCUCUCGGGGUGCCCGAGUUCAAGUACGGAUAUAGGGUCACGGUAGUUGGCAUCGCUUGCUCGCCGCGCUGGACAGAGACACAGGCCGGCUUGGACAUCGGCGGGCCGAGAGCGUUCGGAUACGAUCUCAACUAUAAGCCUCUGGGCAAAUAUGUAGAGCCCAGGAGUGUGUUGGACGAAUACUUGCAAUAA